GCAUGAUAUAUCACAUUGAAAAUUUAAGGCUUACCAAAAAGGCUUAAAAUUAUUAAUAAAAAAAUUGUUUAUAAAUUAUAAGUAAAAUGUUGUUAAAAUUGAUAUUUUUUAUAUUAUUGAUCACAGUUAGUCAUGGUACUAACGAUAAAAAUAAUCGAAAAAAAGAGUUUAUUGCAACGUCGGAAUGGCAAAUUGUGGAACAAGGUCAACAUCUUCCCGCUGGCUUACAUAUUCGCCAUAAUUUCGAAACAAAAGUAACUGAAGCAAAACUUCUCGAUGAAAAAGAAAAAAGUCAUGCUAUUUCCGUUGUUGAUACUCAAAAUAAUGAUAUCGAAAAAAACGAAAUUUCUAUGGAUGAGGAUGAUGAUUUGAAGGCACAACAAGAAAAUGUAGCGAAAAAAUAUAAGAGUUAUAAAGAGUUGAAGGAAGAUUUAAGUGCGUUAAAUUUAACGAUCAAACUAGAUAUGGAAGUAAUGAACGAGCUAUUUGAACGUUUUGAUAAAUUUAUAAUUGAUCCGUUACAUAAUGUAGACGAGUUAGCGAACAUUUUGAUCGAUUUUGAAUUUUUUGUACAUCAAUUUGAUAACGCAAAACAUUUUAUCCAAUCAAAAGGAUUACAACGAAUUAUAUUCCCUAUUUUAGAAGUUCCAAAUACCAAAUUAAAAGUACUCGGAUUACAUGUUUUAAGUGCUGCCGUACAAAAUAAUCCAAAAGUACAAAUUGCUGUGUACGAACGAAAUACAAUACCAAUUUUAAUCAAGUUAUUAUCGAAUGAAAAUCAAUCGAUUGUAAUGCCAACGAUAAGUACAAUUUCCAAAUUAUUACGACGUUUUCCAACUGCACAAUGGGCAUUCAUUAAACAAAAAGGUUUGGAAAAUAUUUCAAAAUUAAUUGAAAAUGAUGAAUUAUUUAUUGAUAAUAAUUUUAAAUUAAAAAUUCUAACAUUUUUAAUUGAUUUUGUUACGGAUUCGAAAGAGUUAAUUAUUGAUAGUGAAGGUCGAAAAAAUAUUCAUGCCGAAUAUGUAUCCGAAUAUUUAUUAACAAGUUUUAAAUCCGAUGGUUGGUGUCAAGUAAUUGAAAAAUUUGUAUCACAUAUUCAUUUCGUUAAUUUCGAUGUUAUCGAACAAACGUUAAUUUUAAUUCAAACAACAAAAGAUCUUUGUUGGCCUACAUUUAAUAAACAUGAAUUUCGUGAUAAAAUUGAUACGCUUAUUCGAUAUUAUGAGAAAGUUUUACGAAAUGAUCAAGAUUUCGAUAUGAAUCGAUUAGUUGAUUCAGAAUAUUUAAAUCAUUUUGUCGAUACAAUACGAAAUUUAACGUCUGUUAUUUAUGAAAAAGCGAACUUUAUUGAUAAAGAUGAACUUUAAGCGAUUUAUUUUUUACAAUUUUACAAUUGUGAUAAAUUCUUCUAAAAUUGAGACUGAUUAUGAAAAUUUUAAUUUCAUAAAGGAUUUUGGGGGGUUUAGACCAAUUCAAAGAUAAUUUUAUCCUGCAAAAGGUAUAAGAAAACUGUCCAAAAAUGAACAUACCUGUAUCUUUUGUAAGGUGAACCCAGUUUGAUGCCUCUGUAUUACAUGGCAUAGAAGGGAAUCAAACUUUGGGUAAAAAUAAAUUAAUAAAUGGACCAGUUUCAUCAUUAUCGAUCAUCUAAUUAAAUUAGACAAAGAGCUGUACUCCUUGCAUGUCUAAGUUAAGUAUGCUAAUCGUUGAUAAAAAUAAUUAAGGAAUUCCUCAGCUAAUAGGCUGUUGAAUUAUUUUUCCCUUUAAUUUAAAUGUGUGGGAAGUUAAUUAGGAAUAUCUGAAUUUAUGAGAACAAUGGAUCGUUCUACAAUCGUAACAGCAAUAGGGAAUAUUCAUGAAAUUUAAAUUUGGUUCAAAUAUUUUUCUUCCGUAACUUUAAUAUAGUAGUAACUAUUC